GGAACCGCUUGGCGGGGGCCGCCCGGGGCGGCUGCUCCUGCGGCUGCCGCUGCCGCGGAGGCUGCGGCGCUGCCGCGUGGGUGCGUGCGUGGAGCGGCCCGGCGGCUGCGCGGGGGCGGGGGAGGAGCGCGGCGGCCCCGCCGGCGAUGGGGCUGUGCUUCGGCGGGCCCUGCGCUGCCUGCCCGCGGAGGAGGGCGUAGCUGCCGCAGCCCACGCCGGCGGGCCGCGCUGCGGGGCUGCCUCCGCGGAUGAACCGCCGGGGAGAUCCGCCGGCGAGUGCAGCCGCAGGGCGCCGCAGCCGCCGCCUCUUCCCCCGCCGCUUCCCCGCGUCUCCGCCGCUGCCCAUGGCUGCCCGCCGCCCCUGCUGACCGGCCGCCCCUCGCCUCCUCCCGAGCCGGGCCAGGCCGGGGCUGGGCAGAGAAGAUGGGGAACACCACCUCCUGCUGCGUGUCCUCCAGCCCCAAGCUGCGCAGGAAUGCCCACUCCCGGCUGGAGUCCUACCGCCCCGAAGCCGAGCUGAGCCGGGAGGACACGGGCUGCAACCUGCAGCACAUCAGCGACCGGGAGAACAUCGACGAUUUGAACAUGGAAUUCAACCCAUCAGAUCAUCCACGGGCCAGUACGAUAUUUCUCAGUAAAUCACAAACAGAUGUGAGAGAAAAACGCAAGAGUCUCUAUAUAAACCACCAUCCUCCUGGGCAGUUGAGAAGGAAAUACAGUUCCUGCUCCACUAUUUUCCUGGAUGACAGCACAGUCAGUCAACCAAACCUCAAGUAUACCAUCAAAUGUGUAGCUCUUGCAAUAUAUUACCACAUCAAAAACAGGGACACAGAUGGAAGAAUGCUCUUAGAUAUUUUUGAUGAAAACCUUCAUCCCCUUUCGAAAUCCGAAGUGCCACCAGAUUAUGACAAACAUGACCCGGAGCAGAAACAGAUUUACCGCUUUGUUCGGACGUUGUUCAGUGCUGCUCAACUGACUGCUGAAUGUGCCAUUGUCACCCUGGUAUACCUUGAAAGACUUUUAACUUACGCAGAGAUAGAUAUUUGUCCAGCAAACUGGAAGCGAAUUGUACUGGGUGCAAUUCUGCUGGCAUCCAAAGUUUGGGAUGACCAGGCAGUGUGGAACGUGGAUUACUGCCAGAUCCUGAAAGAUAUCACGGUCGAAGACAUGAAUGAGCUGGAACGCCAGUUUCUUGAGCUGUUGCAGUUCAAUAUUAAUGUUCCCUCCAGUGUUUAUGCCAAGUAUUAUUUUGAUUUGCGUUCCCUGGCAGAAGCGAAUAACUUGAGUUUUCCUUUGGAGCCCCUCAGCAGGGACAGGGCAUAUAAACUUGAGGCCAUUUCCCGCUUGUGUGAAGAUAAAUAUAAGGACUUCAGGAAAGCUGCAAAGAAACGGUCAGUCAGUGCUGACAAUCUGACUGUGGUUAGAUGGUCCCCUGCUAUUAUCUCCUAACAGAGGAGACUGGAAUAUUCCUAUGGACGUACUGUUUCAUCCAUCCAUUUUUUGGGGGUGGGCUGGGGGUGGGGGUGAUUUAAAAAACAAACAAACAAAAAAGACUUUUGAUUUUUUUUUAAUUUUUAAAUCUGUCCAGCUGCCUUUACAGUGCCUCCCCAUUGUGUAGCACACGAGUAAAUACCCAGUGGAAGGAGAAAUGGAGAAAUCAGUGUUCGGGAGAGAAGAUGGGCAACAAUUUUUUCUCACUUUCACUAACAGCUUUACCCUUUUUAUGAGGAAAGAGCCAAUCAGGUGCUUGGAAGAAGAAACAGAAAAAUAAAGUAGAGGCAGAAAAAUAUUUAAGAACUGUGCUGUUUUCUAAUAUGCCGUACUCAUGAAGAGAAAUGGCAGCAUGAAAACAAUCCGUGUAGUCAGAUGACUGUGCACGAGAGGAAUGAAGUUGGGAAGGUUCCAUCUUAAAGGUUUCUCUUAAUAUCCUUUUUAUUUUUUGUUGUUUUUUUGCAUUCCUCAUUGCUGCUUCCCAGGAUAAAUUUGUCCCUUUGCACAGCAGCAAAUACGAAGUCUGUAUUUACAGUAGCACAAGCCCCUGAAUAAAUAGUGUUGGGUUUUUUCACUGCACUUUUCUCUGUAAGCUGUCUUAUUAGCAUCAUUCUUCAUAAUUAUUAUGCAUAUGUUAUAUUUCUUGUAUGCCUUUUAUUGUAUUUCAAAAGAGAGAACUUGACCAUAGUGCUGAACCAAAAGUGUGUACAGGGAUCAGAAGAUCUUCAUAAUUUCAUGAUGUGUUUUAUUUAUAGUAUACUUGGGUGUGUGUGCCUUCCUGAGUUCUUGGAAUCAUUUAUUUUUCCUUAAUAUAAAGAUACAGUUAUUAAAGUAUUUAGAUGAUGAUGAUAAGACUUGGGCCAAAUCUCUGACAUUUGCAACAGAUCUUGUGAUCCUUUUUGCAGAUUUUCAUAGCAUUAGAAGUUUAGCAGAAUUCAUUUUCUUUUUUUUUUAAUGGCCUGACUAGUUCAUUCCUUCACCUCCAGCUCCAUUGUUGCAAGCAAUAUUCUCAAUUUUUGUAUGUUUACUUUAAAUCAAAGUGAGUCUGUUUGUAUAAAAUAAAAAAUAAUAUAAAAAAAAAUGUUCCAGUGAGAAGGCCUGUAGAAGAGCAGAAUGGGAAUCUUAACAAGGUAUUUGUCACAAGUAGAUUCAAUUUCAAAGCUAAAAUAAAAACCCUCAUGUUUUUCAGCAUAGGUGCUUAUAGAAAUUAGAAGUAACUGAACUGUGAACAUCAUUUUAUCAAGCUCUUCUGUUGUUGUUACUGAUUCCCUCUUACUGUGGCUGUUGCCCCCUUGGAAUUUGUAAGAACCUUUUAUAGAAAAUAACAUGUCGGUAUAAGCAUAUUUACUUUAUAAUGCCCCAGGGUGAUUUUUUUUUCCCCCAUUUUUUUUGCACAGUUUAGAAAGAUAUGGCUGAAAACUCUCAGUUCCCUGAAAUCCUUUCUUUGCGACUAUCGCUGAAAUGAAUGGCAAGAGACAUCCCUGAUUUAUGCACUACUGUGGUAAACCAUAAAGAUUCCAUAUUUGUUUUAUUAAGCCCUAUGGGCUUGUAGCAAACCUUGGGGCCCCGAGCUCAGCGUAGGGCUGGUCGGACGCCCGCGGGCGCUGGCGGGAUUGACGUGGUAACACCAAACAGUUUUCACUUGCCGAUGUGAUUUGUGUAGUUUGAGACAUGAAGCUUUUGUCCAUAAAUUCUCCUGAGGUCCUUUGGGCCUUUAAAAGAAUCUAAUUCUCAUCACUUCUUGUUGUGCCAAUGCGUCAGAACUGUGAGUCUCCACCUCCAUUUUUCCCUUGAACAUGGAAUGUAAGGAAAGUGUUUAUAAGAAUACAAAUGCAGAUGACAGCAUUUGAAACCUCUUUACAGAUAGUAUCAAAAAGAACAUUUUCAGAGCAUUUGAGAUUCAUCUUUAUAAGCAUAAAUUUAGGCUUUAAAAUAUGUAAAAUAUUUUGAUUUAUCAACACUUUGCUAAACUAUUUUCCAUUUAACUUGAUAUCAGGAAUAUUGGUUUUAUCCAUUUCUGGGUGAUAGAGAUAUGAACUUUGGAUUAUGUAAAGAUCUCAAUGCAUCUACUAUAAUUUUUGUGAAGUUUAUUAAACUACUUUAAAGAUUGUAUAGUCUAUUUAUUGUAUGUAUGUACAUACAGUCUGAUACUUUAAAAAGUGGAUUCCGUAAAACCUGGCUCAGUCUUGUUUAGACUAUUGAAUAUCGUUUUAGCCUUGUGCACUGGACUCUACCUCUGUAUAGGAGAAUUUUCCAUAUUCCUAACUAGUACUGAUUCUGUGAUUAACUUGGUUAUGUUUCUUGCACUAAGAAUUAAAAACAAAAUCUGCUGUAAGUGUGGAUUUUUUCUUCAGUUUAAGUUUUGCCGUAUGACUCCUCAGCGUUUAGAUGGAUGUUUCUUUCCCUCAUGGUUAUAGGAUAAUUCUUUGCUUUUCUUCUGUUUUGUUCCAGGGCUGCCAAAAAAUACUGUACUUGUCAGUAAAUCUCAAUGAGUGUCUUUUGUUCGCAGGACAUUCUAUACCAUGUAAUUAAAAAUGAAUUAUUAUUUAGGA